CAUUCAUAAAGUGCGUAACAUGUCAUGCAACACUGUUUAAAUUGAAUGGCAAGUUUCCAAUAUGGCCGUCUCAAUUACGGCCAGCAGUGUCUAGCAGGAAAGAAAAUUCGCAGUUGAUCGUCAGUGGCAACUCGUUUUCCGCUCGGGGACAUGCUGUUCGGCGGACCGAGAGUGUCCAGCUGCGCAAUACCUGGGACGGCAUAGAGGAAUUUUAGCGAGGGAGGCGCGAACGGCGUUUGGGCACGAUGGAAGGCAUCCAGCUGUCGGACACGGAGCAACGCUACUUCGGCGACCUGUUCAUCUGUUGCGAGGCCGACAACAGCGGCAAGGUGACCGUGCAGAAGGCGUCCGAACUCUUCCGCACCGCCAGUCUGCCGCUGGACGUGUUGAAACAGGUGUCGGAGUUGAGCGGAGUGGGCAGCGGCACAAGCCAUUACAGCCGUCGCCAGUUCUUCGCCGCCCUCAAAUUAAUCGCGGCCGCGCAAGCGGGCAUGACCCUCAGCUCGGACCUUCUCUCGUCCGACUUGGAAUCGCAUCUGCCGCGCUUCACGGCUUGGGCCACCGAGGAAAAGCAGAAAACUACUCGGCAACACAUAUCAGCCAGCCCUGAUCUUAUCCAGCUGAGCGACACGGACGCCACGCCAGUUCCCACAGCACCUUCGAUUAACUCUGUCAUCCUGACCAGCGACUCUGAGGCAGAGCUCAAUGAACCUUCGCACAUUCCUCUCAAGAGAAUCGCCAAUAAUGGGACGUGCUCACCAGAGGCGUCUAGCACUGCCAGCGAUUCUCCUACUCCUACUAAUAGUGUAAAGGAGAGAAAGGAAAACUGGGCAAACGCCUGGCAGGGUCUAGAUAUUGACUCCUGUUUGCUGAGCGAGGAACAAAGACAGCUGCUGGGCACUGAGGAGGAAUCUUCAGACCGUCAUAGCAGCGAGGAUGAGGGUGUUGAGGCCGACGAGGUCUGGAGCAUCACUGAGGAGCAGAGGGAGUAUUACUCAAACCAGUUCAGAGCCCUGCAGCCCGACCUUUCAGGCCUCGUCCCUGGUCACACGGCCAGAGUGUUUUUCGAAAAAUCCCGCCUACCAGUGUCAGAACUGAGAAAAAUAUGGCAACUGGCUGACGUGACAAGGGAUGGCGCCCUGUCGCUUGAGGAAUUCAAUACGGCGAUGCACCUGGUGGUGCUGCGGCGGAACAGCAUACCGCUGCCAGAUGUGCUACCGUCGGUGCUGCAACCGCCGCUGCUCAACUUGUCCUCGCCCACGCCCCCAAGCAAGGGCCCGCCGAGCAUGGAGCCGCCACCAGCGCCUCAGGUGGAAGACAGUCCGCCAAGCCUGUCACCGCCCGCCGGCGAGCCCAAUUCACCACAAAGAAGCAAAGAGUGGACCAAAUUUGUGGACUCGCCAACCAGUUCAGUGUCGUCCCCUGGCCCGAAGCCUGUCAACUUCGACUUCCAAAAGGCGGCGGUGGAGCAGGACCCAAAAAUCCUGCACCCAGUGCCACUGAGGGUGACGCCGGAUUCGGUGCCACUCGUCGAGGAGGACGGCCUGAGGUCGCCACGACGCUUUGAGCCUGUUGAGGAGCACGGCAGCCCCAAGAAGGGCGUCGUCAGCCAAAACAGCCUGGACCCGGGCGAUAUCAGGCCCAUCCAGCGCCCCCAACCCAAGAAACCAGCAGCCCCCGGUAGAGGAGCUAUACCCCCUCCACCUCAUCACCCGCACAACAGCGACUUUGACGCACAAGGGACUGUUUCCGGACCCACUAGUCUCCCUCCAAUGGCUGCACUCCCCCAGGGCCCCAAAAAAGAGCCACCCCCUCCACCACCCCCUAGGCCGUACAGAACUCACACCAGGAGCUCGUCUCUCGACCUCAACACGCUGGGAAAAGGAAAUUUGCUUCCACCAGUUGUGCCUCCCAGAGUGUCUCCGAUCGCGACUUCCCCAAAAAAAUUGGUCGUCCAGCGUAGCGAGGGUGACGUCAUCAUGCCAAAAAAUAAGCAAGGUUUUGCAGACUUUUCGCAGUUCGGCGACGCGGUGGACAGCACUGAGCCUGUGACGGAGCCUGAAGCACCAAGAAAACAUGGCGCGUUCGAGGUCUACAGGAAACCACUAAAGCAAACAAAGCAAGAUGAAGAAUCUACUGAAGCACAACCUCAAUCAGAAUCACUGAGGGGCUACUGUGUGAAACCAAGUGAGCUGAGGGAACACAACAUGUGCCUCUCUCGGCUAUGCGUGCAGCUGGGCCGUGAGCUGGUCUCACUGCAGGAGGGACACCUGAGCCUGCGCCUGCAGAUCGAAGCGCUCAGUAGCGGCGGCAGCACUGGCAGCCGUUGAGUCGCACCCAACAGGAAAUCUCGCAGCUACUCUCGUACACAUAUUCUCGCAAAACUAUUUUUCGUCGGUGCAACCGCCGAGUCUCUCGACGACAUUGUAUAAAAAACGUAGCAUGUGAUAUGGUGAUUACUUACACCGUUUGUCUCUUUCUUUGUACAUACUUUCUUGAUUAAACGAAAAUUCCCUUGACCACUUGGCCACUCUACGCGAAUUUUGCAUCUUUACUUUUGAUCUAUGAUACAAUUUUAUAUUUUUGUUUUGGAGCCUUUCUCUCUAGACCAUUUUUUUUCAAUCUCGCAGACAUGUACGUAAUGUUGCACAAACAGAGCUUGCAUUAAUUAUAUAUUCUUCCCUCCUUCGAUUCUCCUCGAAGCAAUUCCUCAGUCUAGUCAUGGUGAUGAAUAAUUGUUCCGAAAAUUUACUUUCUUCUACGGUUUAAUAGCAUUCCUCUUUUUGUUCGCAGACGAAGAAAGCUGAAAGUGCAUGGCCUGUACAAUAUUUAAAAUAUGAAAGCAAAUAUUUAGUGUACAUUGAAUGAUGAAUAUUAUAUUUUUGUGAGAUCCUUGCUGGUGCUAUGAAGUAAAAUUUCCAGCUUCAUUGUUUAUUGUUCUACUUUAUAGGCUAAACAUGAAUUAUUUCAGUUUUAUCGCCUGAAUAUUUGUAAUUUAUGAGAAGUAAACGGUAUAUGAGUAUACUGAAAUCAA